AUGCACGGGAAACUGCUGAUCCUUUUGGCGCUGACGGCGUGCGUCGUCGCUGAGGAUGUCACGGUUACGGGAACCACGGAGACCAAGUUGAUCAAAUCGAUGGACGAGCUGAACCAAAGGAACAGUAUUGGGAUCUACGGCGACAUGCUCACCCUGGAGAAGGUGGACGUGGACGAGGACCGUGAAACUAUACUCAGCGACGACCCCCUCGUGAGCAGGAUCGAGAAGUUUCUGAGGACUCGCAAGGUUCAGGUACAUUUCCCCAGCGAUGGAUCCACUGCUGACGUCUUUGGUCGCGCUCUGGGCCAGAAGGACGUCGGGGUGGAACUUAGGGCACUGACAACCGGGGCUUCAGAAGCCCGUACCAAGUUGAAGAAGAUCCUGCUGCCACUCCUGCUGGCCCUGAAGCUAAAGGCCAUAAUCGUCCUUCCAAUCGUGAUUACUAUGAUAGGCCUGAUAGGCAUGAAGGGACUAGGAGCAGGCUUGAUGUCCCUUCUUCUGUCGGGAGCAGUGGCCCUCAAGGCUCUCCUGUCGCCACCGCCAUCUUACCCUGCCAGGGUGUCCUACGGAAUAGUGAAACCCGAGAUCCAUCACGAGCAAUGGCACAGGUCGCAGGAAGAGGUCAAUCAACCUUACAGGGGUUGGGCUCCCGAGCUCGGUUCGGACCAAUACCCCUAUCAAGAACUACCAUGA